UCGUCGCGUCGUGCGGAAAAAGUAAAAGUUGUUUGCGUGCACCCCCAGCUGAAAAUGUUUCUCCGGCGAACGAAUUCGGUAGUUUUACUGAUAUUUGGAUGUCUCCUUAUAAUAGAUGGUCACGAGCAAAAGAAUCGCACCAAAAGAGGACGGAAUGCGCGAACCUCCAACACAGCACAGUCGGUCGAUGGCUCCGAACCGAGCCAGGAUCUUGAUUCCAACGGCAACAGCCAGCAGGAACAGGACGUCCCCGACAUUCCGCCCGGAUUUCUAAGCCCUUCGGUACAGGAGUAUCUGGAGCUUGGGAAAUCCAUCCCUGGCCGGCCCGGAACUGACUACCCCAUCCUGUCGGCGAUUCCGUACACCAAUUUUUACUGCGACGAGCAAGAAUACCCCGGCUUUUUCGCGGACAUGGACACGAGGUGUCAAGGAUGGCACUAUUGCGACAUCGACGGACGCCAGGCGACAUUCCUCUGCCCCAACGGGACGCAGUUUUCGCAAGCGGUAUUCGUGUGCGACUGGUGGUUUAACGUGCGCUGUGAUCUCUCGCCCCGGCUCUACUCAAUCAACGCCCGGCUGUACCAGCGACCGAAGUUCAAUCCGACGCAGCCGCAUCGAGUCAUCACCCGUCAGCUGGUGGACGAAAUCUUCAACGUGUAA